AUGUCUAAGCAGCAAGUGAAGCGCCAAUUCCAAGAAUUGACUGGUGUUCCUGGCCCCCAGGCCCAACAGUUUGUUGAAAAUGCAAAUUACAAUUUGAAUGCCGCGUUGGACAAUUUCUAUAAUAGAAAUGCCAGUCCUGCUACCACUACUACAACCAAUCGUAAACCUCCUGUGAAGAGUGAUAAACGAUUAGUAAGUUUGUUCAAGAAGUAUCGGGAGGAUGAUGAGCAUAUAGGUAUUGAUGGAACGUUGGCAUACCUUGAGGAUUUGUCAAUCACUCCAGAAGACCCUCUUGCACUUACACUAGCAUACUUUUUGAAAUCACCCAGGGUAGGGGUUUUCAAUAAGGAUGCGUUUCUUACAAUUUGGCAACAUUAUGAAUGUUAUACUAUUACACAGAUGAAGAACGUCAUAUUACAUGUCCAUGAUGAUAUUCUUGACCUGGGUAACCAGUAUAUUGAUGUAAUGGAAGACAAGCCAUUGACCUUGAAAGGAAUGUAUGAGUUUACAUUUGAGUUUUUAAAAGAAGUAGAAAAUCAACGAGUAUUGGAUGUUCAAACAUGUAUUGACUACUGGAAAUUGUUGCUUCCCUUGGUUUUGAAGAAAGUUGGUGCUCCAGUUAAACAACAGGUAGAAGAAAGACUCGACCAAUGGUACGAGUUUGUACUUGAAGAUCACAAGAAACCAUUUAGUUUUGACGGCUGGUGUCAAUUUUAUUUAUUUGUGCAGGACAUCAUAAUCAAAGAUCCAGUGGCGUUUAAAGAUUACGAUGAAAUGCAAAGUUGGCCCAAUGUAAUGGAUGAGUACAUAGAAUAUUUACGGGAAAACGGGCUAGUAGAAGGUGUAAACUAA